GUUCUCUGCGACCCAAGGACAUUGUACUAACAGUAGUGUAUGUGUAUACCAGUCACUUAUUUGUUACUGUUUGUGAAGAAAGUUACUGAACAAUCAAAGUGUAUUUGUGAAGUUUUCCGCCUGCAUUAAUAUGAUUUAUGCAGGUAGAAACAAAUUCGAGCUGCCAGGCACACCUCCAGCAACGGAUGAUAUAAAGAGACUAGACGACUCGAACAAUUGGUGGAACAAAAAACAUUCUAAAAAGGCCAGGAACAGUUCUGGUAGUCCCAAUCAGAACUCAGACACGGAGAAGCAACAGUUAAACAAGGUGUUUGUAGAAGAUGAAGCUCCGAUCAAUAAGAAACUACCCAAGGAACUGCUCUUACGUAUUUUUUCCUACUUAGACGUCGUUUCAUUAUGCAGAUGUGCGCAAGUGUCGAAAGCAUGGAAUAUUUUAGCAUUAGACGGCUCAAAUUGGCAGAGGAUCGACCUCUUCGAUUUUCAGAAAGAUGUAGAGGGUGCAAUCCUAGAUAACAUAUCACAUCGAUGUGGUGGUUUCCUGCGCCAGUUAUCUCUCCGAGGAUGCCAAUCAAUCGCAGACGGCUCAAUAAAAACCUUAGCUCAAGAAUGCCCGAACAUCGAGGAUCUCAACCUCAACACGUGCAAAAAACUCACGGAUUCCACGUGCACGUCCCUGUCCCGCCAUUGUCCCAAAUUGCAGAAACUCAAUCUCGACAGCUGCUCCGCUAUCACCGACAUUUCCCUCAAAGCCUUAAGUGAUGGCUGUCCGAAUUUAACGCAUAUAAACAUAAGUUGGUGUAGUAACGUCACGGAGAAUGGCGUAGAAGCCUUGGCCAGGAAAUGUACGAGGUUGAAGAGCUUUAUUAGUAAAGGAUGUAAGCAUAUCACUUCCCGGGCUGUUAUUUGCUUGGCGAGGUUUUGCCAUGAAUUGGAAGUAGUUAAUUUGCAAGGAUGUAAUAAUAUUAGAGAUGAAGCAGUACAGUCACUAGCCGAUAAAUGCCCUCGACUUCACUAUCUGUGUUUGAGUGGAUGUUCAGGAUUAACGGACGCGUCCCUUGUAGCUUUAGCAUCAAAUUGCCAUCUUUUAUCCACAUUAGAAGUUGCAGGGUGUACAUUAUUUACUGACGCUGCCUUUCAAGCUUUAGCACGAAAUUGCAGAUAUUUAGAGAAGAUGGACUUAGACGAAUGUGUCCUUAUAACAGACGCUACCCUUAUUCAUUUAGCCAUGGGAUGCCCUAGGAUUGAAUAUUUGACCUUAUCGCACUGCGAGCUAAUAACAGACGAAGGUAUACGUCAUUUGUCGAUGUCGCCGUGUGCAGCUGAGAAUUUAACCGUUUUAGAAUUAGACAAUUGUCCCCUUGUCACAGACGCUUCUCUUGAACAUUUAACUUCGUGUCACAAUUUGCAACGAGUAGAACUUUACGACUGUCAGCUAAUCACUAGAGUUGGAAUUAGGAGACUUAGGAAUCACUUACCCAAUAUAAAAGUGCAUGCCUACUUCGCACCGGUGACUCCCCCGCCAAUGGCAGGCGGCAACCGACAGAGAUAUUGUAGGUGUUGUGUCAUACUGUGAGGUAACUGCCCCUUUGGAUCCCAAGGAAAUGAUUCGCCACCUUCUUAACGCUAUAUGUCUAUCGAAAUUCGUAUAGUGUUGUUGGAGAUAAAAGGUUAAUGUAAGGCAUUUUUCUUGCAUAUUUGUUGGUGGUCGCAAUGUUGACCACUUAAGAAAUUUAUCAUUGAGGCGGAGGCCUAUUUAGGUCGAACAAUAAGUUAUUUCAUAAUGAGAAUCUAGAAUGAGAUCUUCCUGCCAAGGAAGAUUUUUUGAUGGUGCUUGUAUUAUGUGGGCGUAUGAUGUUAAAGAUACACAAUAUUGAAAGAAGAUAAAAGAAUCGGGGAAGAAAACUGUCCGUUCUAAUUCUUCUCUGCACAGAAGAUUAGUGUCUUCUUUCAAGUCUUUCUGCUCCGUUAGAGUAUUCUUUUGAGGUUUUCAACCAGUAUGUGGUCGCUGGAAGCCAGCGAAUCUGAAGAAUUCGUUGGACACGGAAGUAAUUUGGGAUACAAUAAUUGAUACUUAUGUUAGAAAUCUGACAUUGUCUUGGUAAAAUAUGAGUUUUUCUUCCUCUAUGGUCGCUUUUUCACAAUUUCUUUCUUCAAACGCACAAAUAAUGCUCUAUAAUAUUCCCUAUUAAUUGUUCUUUCUUUCUCAAGGUAGUUGAUCAAUAAAAUUGAAACAAAAACGCGAUAGACUACCCCAGCUGAUUGAAAUACCAUUCGAAAAUAAUACUUCAAUCAUCCAAGAUAGCCAUUGUUCACCCUAGCUCGGCUCAGUCUCUCAAGGUGUGUGUUCGUAUUGUCCUAAUCUUAAAUAUGAACUAUAAAAAUUCAGAAUGGAAGCAAACAAAACAAUAUUUUAACCAAUCAUGUUUAUUGUUCAAAAAGAUAUAAUAAAAAUGUGACUUAUUAAACGCCUUAACAAAUAUAUUCAAAUUCUUACCAAAAACUAACAAUUUAUAGAUUAUACUUAUGGCUUGUCGGUUCGAUGGUAACUUCUUGAUGUCGAAUGGUUCUGCUUUAGACUUCUUGUAGACCUGGGCAGAUGUUCGGCCUCAGAUCCCUGCAGCUGAAGAUGUUCGUCGUUGCAGUCUAGAUGACAUGGUCUUCAUUCUUGUCAGCAUUCGUUCUAUCACCGGUGAGGAUGGCUUGAAGCUCCCGAAGGGAAAAAAGGUUGAUUUUAUUCCCAAAAACUAGAAGAUAUAAUGCGUAUAAGUGACAGUCAAAAAGCUAAUAACCAAAAUGUACCUUUGCCAAAUAGUAUUCAAAAACUAGUAGAUGGCAAGGGUAAAUUAAAUGGAAUUAAGAUGAGGGGAAUAGUUAAAUAAUUUGAUUACUAAAAGCAUAUCAAUAAAGAGAAUGUAAAAUAUGAAACAUGCGCUUUUCGACAUGGAGGUUAGGUAUAAAAAAAAAUCAUUAUAAAAAAUUAAUACAGGCUUAGAAAAUUUUGUACAGUGAUGUUACAAACUACUCACCCCAAGAGAAUAUCAAAGUCUGGAAAUAAAUAGCUGGUAUCAGCCUGUAAUUGACUUUUAUAGCGAAAUUAAUUUUCCACCACUCUGUGUUGUUGAGAGACGAAGUGUCACUGUCAUAUCAGCGAAACACACAACACAGAACAUGAAAUUUGAAAUAACGAAAGUAUUAAGUAAUGAACACAGAUCACAAUUUUAGAUGAGAUUCUAAAAUGUAAAGAGAGUUGCCUAUAGAACGGGCGCCAAACAGGUUGUUAACGGAAAAACAAGUUAAAACCAAUACACAAGAUAACUAUUAAUGAAAUAUUAAAUAAAAUAAAGUAAAAUAAUUAUUAAAAAAUAAAAUAGCAAAGAUGUGACGUUUGUAACGUUACAAAAUACAAAAUACCUGUUACAAAAUACUUUGCGUGUUCCUUAAAACUGAAGACAAAAGCUUGCUAACUGACGUUACAUCUUUGGUUGCAUCGGAUUGAUGUAUUGGAACUGUUGCCAGCUGUCUGACUGCCAAUCUGACUUCAGAAUAGAUUAAUAGAUUUUUGCUUCAUUUUCACAUCUACACGAAUCAACCAUUUACUGCUCUGAAACAUUUGCAAAUACUGCUUUAAGUAGUAACAAGUGACCCCUACUUUAACUAAAGGUUUCUUAUUGAGAGAUAUUCAUACCAAAAGGUAAAGAUACUGCCUGUCGGUAUCUUUAACUCCUCUGCUAUCUCGUGCAGUUUCAAUUUACGACCAACCAAAAGGAUUUUGUAGACUUCGUUUAUGGUUUUCGGAAAACUACAGAAUUUGGGCAUUUCACAUGAUUUGCUUCUGUACAACUGCAUUUAAAAUCGGCAUACCAAGUCCUUGCUAUUGUUUCGAUUGAGAAAUGUCACUUAUCAUCCGAUUGCCGUGCGUUUUCCCGUAAAAGAGCACUGUUUUAUCUAUACAGAAACUUCAGAUUUUUACAGUGUAUUGAAAACUGCACAACUAAAUUCAUUUAAAUCAUUAACGAGUAAACUAACGGUUAUAUGGAGCAAACAUUUUGACAGAUGACAUUUGAAGGUUAAUAUGUUACAAAUUAUGGAUUUGUCAUUGGUGGCGCCAUCUACAUGCCCUGUAGUCCUGAAACUUGGGUGACAUGCAAUUACAUAAUUUGCUAGAGGUUGUCAUUAAUUUUCUUUAAAUAUUUUGUAUCUUUGACAUCUUGUAGAGGCUCUAAAUUUUUAUAGCUCUUUUUCAAUUCGUCAAUGUAGAGUGUAUCGAUUGUAAUUUAUUUUUUUAUUUCAUUAACAUGGCAAAUUAGAUAACCAUUAAACGUGAUUUACUAAAAACA